AGAACAAAAGAAGUGGAUGAUGGACACGUCCGUGAAUCCCAAGACCGAAACCAUGUUCCCUCUUUCAUCUUUCUACCCUGAUGCUGUAUCUGAUACAUUUGUGGUUUCACAACAAGGUGGAGAAGUAAAACAACGACGAAGACGCCGUAAGAACAAAGGAGGUGAAAGUAGCCUUUCUAAGAAGAGGAAGCUCACUGCUGAGCAACUGCUUCUUCUGGAGGAAAGUUUUGUGAACGACCAGAAGCUGGAAACGGACCGCAAGGAAGAACUGGCUUCCCAGCUGAAUCUUGACCCUCGACAAGUUGCUAUUUGGUUUCAGAACCGUCGGGCCCGUUGGAAGACCAAGAAGAUUGAAGAAAAACUUACACAAAUACAGACUUCUCAUGACAGCAUCAUGUUAGAUAAAUUACGCCUCGAGUAUGAGGUAUACUUCUCUCUUCAGUUUUCAUGUUAAAUUUCUAUUUCUAAUUUU